AUGUCCAUAAAGGCCCUGAAUUUGUCCUUCAAUGAUUUUGUGGGCGAGCUACCAACACAAGGCAUUUUUGGAAAUGCUAGUGCUAUAUCAGUUGUUGGGAACAAAAGACUCUGUGGAGGCAUUCCCCAACUACAGCUACCAAAGUGUCAGCCCCUAAGAGAGUCAAAGAAAAAUAAGAAGCUUCUCAGGUUCAUCAUGCCAGUGGUAAUUACAAGUUCCUUCCUGGUGAUACUGGUAAUCUCAAUCUCAAUUUUCCGACUACGGUCAUUUAAAAGGAGGAGGACCCAACCAAAGUUACCAAACUUCUCAGGUAGACUCUUCCUGAGAGUCAGCUACAGACAGCUUGUUCAAGCUACUAAUGGUUUAUCCGCAGAAAAUCUAAUUGGUGCUGGUAGCUCUGGCUCCGUAUACCAAGGAGUGCUGACUGAAGGACGAAACUUGUCGGUGGCUGUCAAAGUCUUUAACCUUCAACACCAUGGAGCCUUCAAGAGUUUUAUUGCUGAGUGUGAUGCAAUGACAAACAUCCGGCAUCGGAACCUCGUGAAGAUUAUAAGUUCUUCCUCAGGUCUGGAUUUCCAAGGGAAUGAUUUUAAAGCUUUAAUCUACGAGUUCAUGCCCAACGGCAGUCUAGAAACUUGGUUGCAUCGAGCAGAUGAACAUCAGCAGCACAUUUUUCCUAUACCAAACCUUCUUCAGCGAAUUAAUGUUGCUGUUGAUGUGGCUUGUGCCGUUGAUUAUCUACAUCACCAUUGCCACAAGCAGAUUGUUCAUUGCGAUCUAAAACCAAGUAAUGUUCUACUUGACAGCGAUCUGACGGCCCAUGUUGGAGAUCUUGGGCUGGCAAAAUAUGUUCAUUCAGCUCCAAAUUUACAGGAAACGAGCUCUGCUGGAAUCAGAGGAACUAUUGGAUAUGUAGCUCCAGAGUAUGGCUUAGGUGCCGAGGUAUCAAGUGAUGGAGAUGUCUACGGCUUCGGAAUCCUAUUGCUGGAGAUGAUGACAGGGAAGAAGCCCACACAUCCUUUGUGUUGA